GACAAGUAUAUAAUGAGACAAGAUGAGACAAAUCCACACAGUUCACUUCCCUCUUUAUCCAGAACCUCUGACACCGUUUGGGCCUGCUGACAGUUUUGCAGGAUGAAGUUCGUUAUGCUGUUCCUCGUUCUGUCUCUGGUGGUCCUGAUGGCCGAACCGGGGGAAUGUUUCUUUAAGUCGCUUUGGGGAGGAAUAAAAGCUACGUUCAGAGGCGCCAGGGACAGUUUGAGAGAGUACAGACAGCAGCGCAGACUGAAAAAGAUGGAAAGAUAUAGACAGAAAUAUCAGAAUGGGAACGAGCCAGAAGACGAACCCCAUCGCUACACCUGAAGAUUCGCCAAACGUCAGAAUACGAUAAUUGGAUCUCAAGACGGAGCAUUUAGCUUUUCCGCUUUUACUAUUAGAAAGAAAAAUAAAGAGUGAAUAGACAAAAAUGUCAAAAACCUGUUAGAUUUUCUGUUAGACGACCCUUCAAUCAGGAGAAUGAAGGGCCGUCAAAUCCGCCACCAAAUUAGAAGCAGUGUCAACAUGGACGACCUGAAGAUGUGAUGAAAAGAUUCAACUUUUGCUUCACUAACAGUUUUGCUGAGUGCAGAAUUUCUGAGCUCAUAAUAAUUUACCUUUUUAUUUUUGCUUGAGCCUAAAAUAAUUCAGCGUUGCUCUGAGAAGCAGCUCCUUUAAUGAGCUCAGCUGAUUCUCAGCUCCACCAGGUGUUUGCUAAUUGCUGCUGGCUAGUCUGAAGGAGCUGCUCUGUGAGGCAGAAGAAACUGCAGCCCAGGGGCGGAGCUACGCCUUGAAGGUGGGGCUAGGUCCACCCAGGCAUUUUGUGUGGCUGAAUGAUUGCCAUGGAGAUCCAAGGAUUUCUCAAACAUACAUAAGAUAAUCAAGGCAACACUCUGUCGUUUUCUGAUGAGGAAAGAACAUUAUGCUAUGAUAUAAAUGUCAAAAAGUAAAAGUUACAUAAUGUUGUUUCUUUAAGAAUCAAGUUUUUAUUUUUCACAAAAACAAUAAAUAGAUUUACAACCAGAAACUGCAGAAUAGAAAUUUUAUUACACAGAAAAUAAAACAACAAAACCUUCCCAACAAUGGCAACUUGGGCUAAACAAAAAUGGUUGAAAUCCCAACCCAACUAUUAAAUGUUUUCCUUUAUGAUGUGUUUGUUUAUCAAACAGCCUCAUCAGCUCGGUCUGGUAAAGCAGCUUGCUAUUCUGUAUUUUUUCAAUAAACUGCUUACAUCUAUUUUCUUA